AGCUCACAAUCAACGAAAGCGAACAUUGAUACCCAGGAAGUCUAUAUAAGUGUAUCCUAGAGCAGGCUGUACUAAUUAUUCUGCACGAGGAGUUAAUCGACAAUUCAAGAUGGCGUCGUCAUCUAGGCCAUCUAGCAGCCUUCUCUACUCUUGUAUAGCCCACGGCACGACGAUAUUAGCCGAACAUUCUUCUCCAGGAGCAUCAUCCACAUCCGCCUCAUCACUCGCAUCCAUCAUCCUCCCCAAAAUCUCACACGACAAACCCCAAAAACUCACAUAUACGCACGACCGACUGUUUGUACAUUACAUCGCCGACUCACCCUCCAGCCAAGAUGGUGGCAGCGGCAGUAAAAAUGGCAGUACCGAACCCGACUCCCACUCCUCCCUAAGCUACCUCGUCGUGGCAACCGCCGAACAAGGCCGACGCAUCCCCUUCGCAUUCCUCCUCGAAGCAAAACGGAAAUUUUUGUCUGCCUACCCACCAUCCACCACCGAUUUCUCCACACUACCAGCCUACGGCUGCGCGGCAUACAACUCCGAGCUUCGCGCGUUAUUGCAGCAAUUCAACACCGCUCCACCAUCAGAUUCACUCGCUUCUGCGCGCAGGGAGAUUGAUAGUGUACGGGAUAUUAUGACGGAGAAUAUUGAGCGGGUGCUUGAGCGGGGGGAGAGGAUUGAUUUAUUGGUUGAUAAGACCGAUCGCUUGGGCGGGAGUGCGCAUGAUUUUAGGAUGAGGUCGAGAGGGUUAAGGAGGAGGAUGUGGUGGAAGAAUGUUAAAGUUAUGUUUUUGUUGGGUGUUGUGCUUGUGUUUUUGAUUUAUUUGUUUGUUGGGAUGGGGUGUGGUUUGCCGAGUUGGGGGAGGUGUAUUGGGAAGUGAUUGACCCGAGUCUUGAGACUCGAAGGAGGAAGAGUUGGUGAUUGUGUAUAGCAAAUGUCUAGGUAUUUACUUGCAUGGAGUGAAUCGAACUUUGAGUAUGUAUUAUAUUCCACUAAACGCUAGUAUACUACGAUAUGUCUCUCAUCAUCAAACCCGUGAUAUCAUUGAAGUUCUCAAAACGAGUCUGCAGAUGAGCCAGUAACAAAAUUUGUGAUUCAUAUAGGAGUUACUGGGUGUUCAAUCUACGCCAGCCGUAUACCUCAUAAACCAUGAAAUUAUAGGUUAAUGCGGAGAUAUUCUGG